GUGUAUUUAAGAUUUGUCAACAAUCAAUAAUAAUUAUAUCGUAGUAGGUAUAUUAUUAUGUUAUUUACUUAUUUGUCAUUCGACAGUCUAACUAGUAACUACGAGUCACUAGUCACUGUGGUACUGUGUUCAGUGAAUAUAGUUCAAUAUGGAUAAAUUUGUAAUACGAUCUACAAAGGAUAAACAAUUAUUCAAAGAAAAAAAAAAUUCAGAUCCGGAUGAUCCAGUUACUUCAGAGGAAACAUGUAUAUCAUCGUCUAAGACACCAUCUAAAAUUUCAAAAUUGGAUCAGAAACAACUCAAAGAUGCUUCAGAGAAAAAUUCCAACACAAAUCCAUUUAAUGAAGUACAUCUUUGGCCUUCUGAAUGGACUUACAAUCAAUGGAUUCAGAAAAAAGAUAGAUAUCCUUGGCUCAUUUGUGAUGAUGGUAAAAUUGGAUGUUUGUAUUGUAAAAAUGUUGGUGAAUUAAAAACAUGUAAAAGUCAAGGUGUUGAAAUCUCAACUGAAUGGAGUCAAAUAAACGUUGAUGGUGGUACCAAUUCAAAAUUAGUUACUCGUUUAAGUAUUUUAAGACAUAAAAUAUCAAGACACAAUAGAUCUAAAGCACACAACUUUGCUUUAAAUAUUUCAAGAGAAAAAACACAUAGUAAAUUAAGUACAUCAUUUGAAACUUCAACUUCUAAACAUUAUCAAUCUACAAUAAAAAUAUUUCGCACUGUUUAUUUUAUUGCAAAAAAUAACCGACCAUUUGAUGACCAUUCAGAUCUUGUUGAAUUACAACAAAUGAAUGGGGUUUUAUUAGGCCAAACAUUACAUUCGAGAUAUUCAAGUACUUCUAUUAUUGAUCAUAUAGCUACUAAAAUGAGAAAUAAAAUUAUUCAAAAUAUUAUAGAAACCAAUUCAAAGAUUUCUAUAUUAAUUGAUGAAUCAACAACAAAUAGUUCAUCAUCUGGUAUGAUUAUUUAUCUCAAAGCCUCCAUAUCAUAUGAUUCACCUGUUUUUAUAUUUUUGGAUUUAAUUGAAUUGAAAAGUCAAACAUCUAUAAACAUCAUAGACCAACUACUUGAAUGUUUACAUCAACGUGGAUUUACUGAUAUUUAUUUAAAAGAACAUUGGAUAUCAUUUGUCACAGAUGGAGCCAGUGUUCUUUUAGGAAAAACUAAUGGAGUUGCUGCACGCUUAAAAGAAAAAUUUCCAAUAAUAUUUAGUUGGCAUUGCAUUAACCAUAGGUUAGAAUUGGCAGUUAAUGAUGUGUUAAAAGAUAUUACAGCAACCAGCUAUAGAACUGUAAAAGUAGUUUGGAAGAUGUAUCCAGCUUUAUACAAACACUUUAAAGAAGCUUCUGAGGAUAAGUAUCGUGAUCAAAAAACUAGAUCCAAGUAUAAAGGUCUUUGUAAACGGUUGGAAAGCUUACAAUUUCUUUCAGACUUGGCACUUAUGUGUGAUGUGUUGUCUGAAUUAUCUCAACUGUCAUUAGAUUUGCAAAGUCGGGAUGCAACUUUGAUACAAGCUGAUAAAAAAAUUAAAAGAACUAUUAGAGUAAUUGAUUCUUUAAAAACUAUCAAUGAUAAAAAAACAUGGCCAGCUGAUGUAAAUAUUCGUUUUGGUGAACAGGAAGUAAAACGACUUUGUAACAGAUUUCUUUUAAAUCAAGAAAAAACAUUAAGAGGAUUAAGAAUAUUAAUCGACGAAGAAACCAAUGAAAUUGAAGAACUAAAUGAAAUAAAUAAUUUGAUAAAAACGAUCCCAUGUUCUACAGCAGAAUGUGAACGUGGAUUUAGCUUAAUGAAUAUUAUUUGCACUGACAUACGCUCAAGAUUGACAAUUCACAAUAUUUCAAAUUUGAUGAUGAUUAACAUUAAUGGUCCACCAUUGAGUAUAUGGGACCCUGAAGACUAUGUCAAAAUUUUACCAAAAAUUGGUAAGAUUAAUACCUCCCAAUAUGAAAUAUUUCAUUUAUGCCAAUCUACAUGUCGAAAAGCUCAACAAUUAGGUAUAAUAUGUUCAUUCCCUGUGCAAAGAGAAGAUGUUGAAGUCUAUGGGAUGUCCGUUUUAAGUCUCAAAUGUGACGACACACUGUAA